AUGUCGGCUCAGGCCCAGAUGAGAGCUUUGCUGGAUCAGCUAAUGGGCACGGCCCGUGAUGGCGAUGAGACUCGUCAGCGCGUAAAAUUUACAGAUGAUCGUGUCUGCAAAAGUCACCUCCUGGAUUGUUGUCCUCAUGACAUUCUUGCAGGAACGAGGAUGGAUUUGGGUGAGUGCACCAAGAUUCACGAUUUGGCACUGCGAGCCGACUAUGAGAUUGCAAGCAAGGAGAAAGAUCUGUUUUUUGAGCUUGAUGCUAUGGAUCAUUUGGAGUCAUUUAUUGCGGAGUGUGAUAGGAGAACUGAACUUGCGAAGAAACGACUUGCUGAAACACAAGAAGAAAUAAGUGCAGAAGUUGCUGUAAAGGCAGAAAAAGUUCAUGAAUUGAAUGAAGAGAUUGGAAAGCUGUUGGCCAAAGCUGAACAGCUGGGAGCUGAAGGGAAUGUUGAAGACUCCCAAAGAAUUCUGUUGGAAAUGGAGAGAGUAAAGGCUAGGAAAAGGGAGGCUGAGGAUGAAUAUCGCAAUUCAAUGCCUGCCUCCAGCUUCCAGCAGCAGAAGCUUCGUGUUUGUGAAGUGUGUUCUGCCUACCUUGGACUGCAUGACAAUGAUCGUCGGCUUGCAGAUCACUUUGGUGGGAAGCUUCACCUAGGAUUUAUACUGAUUAGAGAAAAAAACUUGAGCAAAUGAGAAAAGCUGUGGCAAGCAAGCAGGAGAAACGGAACCAGGAACGCUUAAAGAGACGAGAGGAGCGGGAAAGGGAAGAGAGAGGAGGAAAGAGAUCGCGAUCAAGAGAUAGGAGGCGACGAAGGUCACGAUCCUCUUCUCGUGACAAGCGAAGAUCAAGAUCAAGGGACCGACACAGGCGACAUCGUAGUCGAUCAGGAAGUCGUAACAAAAGUUACCAUGGCAGUUCUAGAGAUAAGGAGAGAUCAAAAAAAUAA